CGGAGGGCGGGACGAGCCCCUCAGACACACGACGGGCUCCGGGUCCCUCAGGCACCCACGGGCUGGGGUCCCUCAGGUACCCAUGGGCUGGGGUCCCCUCAGGCACCCACGGGCUGAGUCCCCUCAGGCACCAUGGGCUGAGUCCCCUCAGGCACCCACAGGCUGAGCCCUUCAGGCACCCACGGGCCGGAGUCCCCUCAGGCACCCACAGGCCGAGCCCCUCAGGCACCCACGGGCCCGAGUCCUCUCAGGCACCCAUGGGCCCAAGUCCCCCCAGAUACCCAUGGGCAGAGUCCCUCAGACACCCAUGGCCCGAGUCCCCUCAGUCACUCACAGGCCCGAGUCCCCUCAGACACCCACGGGCCCUGGGUCCCUUCAGGCAUCCACGGGCAGAGUCCCUCAGACACCCAUGGCCCGAGUCUCCUCAGUUACUCACAGGCCCGGGUUCCCUCAGGCACCCACGGGCCCAAGUCCCCUCAGAUACCCAUGGGCUGAGUCCCUCAGUCACCCAUGGCCCAAGUCCCCUCAGUCACCCAUGGCCCAAAUGCCCUUAUCACCCACAGGCCGAGUCCCUCAGUCACCCACAGGCUGAGUCCCUCAGACACCCAUGGCCCGACUUCCUCAGUCACCCACAGGCCCUGGGUCCCCUCAGUCACCCACGGGCCCGAGUCCCCUCAGGCACCCACGGGCCAAGCCCCUCAGACACCCACGGGCUGAGUCCCUCAGUCACCCACGACCCGAGUGCCCUCAGGCACCCAAGGCCCAAAUGCCCUUAUCACCCACGGGCCAACUCCCUCAGAUACCCAUGGCCCGACUUCCUCAGUCACCCACGGGCCCUGGGUCCCCUCAGUCACUCACGGGCCCUUGGUCCCCUCAGUCACUCACAGGCCCGAGUCCCCUCAGGUACCCAUGGGCCCAAGUCCCCCCAGAUACCCACGGGCAGAGUCCCUCAGACACCCAUGGCCUGAGUCCCCUCAGUCACCCACGGGCCCGAGUCCCUCAGACACCCACGCGACCCGAGUCCCCUCAGGCACCCAAGGUCCAAAUGCCCUUAUCACCCACGGGCCAACUCCCUCAGAUACCCAUGGCCCGACUUCCUCAGUCACCUACGGGCCCUGGGUCCCCUCAGUCACUCAUGGGCCCUGGGUCCCCUCAGUCACUCACAGGCCUGAGUCCCCCUCAGAUACCCACAGGCCCGAGUCCCUUCAGGCACCGCCAUGGCCCGAGUCCCCUCAGGCACCCACGACCCGAGUCCCCUCAGUCACCCAUGGCCCAAGUCCCCUUAUCAUCCACGGGCCGAGUCCCUCAGACACCCAUGGCCCGACUUCCUCAGUCCCCACAGGCCCUGGGUUCCCUCAGGCACCCAUGGGCAAAGUCCCUCAGUCACCCAUGGGCCCUGGGUCCCCUCAGGCACCCCCGGGCCCAAGUCCCCUCUGGCACCCACAGGCUGAGUCCCUCAGUCACCCAUGAACCGAGUCCCCUCAGUCACCCACGGCCCAAGUCCCUUAGACACCCACGGGCCGAGUCCCUCAGUCACCCACGGGCUCCGGGUCCCCUCAGUCACCCAUGGCCCAAAUCCCUCAGUCACCCACGGCCCGAGUCCCCUCAACACCCACAAGCUAAGUUCCCUCAUCACCCACAGGCUAAGUCCCCUCAUCACCUAUGGGCCUGAGUCCCUCAGACACCCACGGGCUGAGCCCCUCAUCAGGCAUGAGCAGAGUCCUCACUCGAACCCGUCACCCAGUGACUCGCAGCCAGGCGUCCCGGAAAGCAGGAAAGCGGGGCCCGGGUUUCUCAAAGGGGGACAAGGGGCCUGACCCUGCCUGCGCUGACCGGGAGGUUGGUCAGCUGGGGGACGGGAGGAAGGACACCAGGGUGGGCCCAGGAAACGCCCAACGGCAGCCAGGGUGGCGUAGGG